CAAAUAGAAUCAAGAUGUUACUGCUUUAUAAAUAACGGCAAAACUUGCUUCGGUUGCAAAUAGCUUCGACUGUGUUGGAAAUACAGCUCUCGCCGAUAUUGAAGUGAAUAUGAAAUCCUAUGCAGUGAUUGCGGUUGUUCUUGCUUUGUUGGAAGUUAAUACGUUUGUUCAGAGCCUCUCAGGUUAGUUGAGUUCUGAAAUGUCAACGUCUGAAUGCGCACAACAUUCACAGAAAUGACGUGACAAUGCGCUAGUUUCGCUAAUUCUGUACUGCUAUUGAUCGAGCUAUAUUUAUCUUGAUAUUGUAGAACUACAGUAUGGUUUAGCGUACAUUGACAAAAAAUAUACGGCUAAAUAUACGGCCGUUACUGGAAUAAUAAACUUUAGCACUGAAAUGAAGCCAAAUAAAUAGCGGAUGCUACUAGUACUGUUACUAGACAUUACGAUGAAAUUGCGUGAUGGAUCGAUGAAAGGUACUACACAUCUUACAUUAAGGAAAUAUCAGAAUCUAGAUCCUAAAGCUUAAUUGUAUAAAGGCGAUAUUCGUCCACACAAAAACUAGAAAAUAAAAGUUUACUUCUGCAGGUCUUGCACUCCAGCGCACCUUUAAUGCAACUUUGACAUAAAAUGCCUGUGUAAUCCUGUAAUUCGAGGUGUAAUCUGUUACUCGAAUAAUAAGUUAAUAACUUUAGCACUGAAAUGAAGCCAGAUAAAUAGCGGAUACUGUUACUAGAUUUAUCUCAUAUCUAGCGUAUUAGCGGAUCUCCUAUCGAGAUCGGUGUUUUGAGCGACGGCCGCCAUUAUGAAGCGAUUUGAACAAAUUUCAGACGAAGAUUUAAAUAAAAAAUAAAUUAAUUGUUUUUAAUUGUUUUAUAAAUUUUUUAUUAUUUUUUUGAUGAAAAUGGAAUAUUCUGUAUUCAAAGUGGAAGAGAGGAAAGAUGGCCGGCGAAAUUUGUUCGGCACGGGCAGGUUCAACCAUUGAACUAUAAAUAAAGCCUGGUUCACAUAUAUGCCUGCGACGUGCCUGCGACGUACCGGGCGGCGACGAUGCCGGUGGUAGCUUAAAACGUAAAUUAAGUGAACAUUUGUUCGCCGAUUGCCUCCAGUGCCACAGUUACAUCGGCGAUAGGCCGGGAAAGUUGACUUGAGUCAGUGGCGUAACUACUAUGGGCUCAGACCGUGAGAACCCGGGGGCCCCAACCUAAAUGGGGGCCCCCAGGCUUAGGCAAUAGAGCAAAAACAUUGGUCAGGGCCUCUGAUAUGUUACAAUGUAGUUUUAUGACCAUCAGAAUUCUGUAAAAUCUCUCCCCAAAGUCCAGGAAAUGGCAUUUCAGAGAGUCUAAAUUCAAAAAUUUUUCGGAUGAGCAUGCCCUGGACCCCCUAGAAAAUUCGUGCAUAUACGGCGCUCGACUCGUGCCUUUGGCACUUCUACUAGGGGGGCCUUCGAAAAUUUUGAACCGGGGGCCCCCCUGAUAUAACGUUACGCCACUGACUUGAGUUCAACUUUGCCGGUAUUUCGGCGGCAAGUAGAGGCAUAAUGAUACAGUCGCAGGCAUGCCAAGCAUAUGUGAACCAGGCUUAACUGGAUGGCUAAGUCAGGGGAGGGAAGUUGAAGCCGUGCUUGAAGCUUUUUUGUAGGUAGACCCAGUCCUUUUUAAAAAUGUUUUUCAAAAUAUGCACAUUUGUUGAUCAGAAAAAUCUUGCCCCAAAAUAUUAGUUAUACCACCGAAUUUAAUUUAUAUUUAGUAGUAUGAUAAACGAAUUUAAUAUUCGCAAAGCAAACAAAUCACGAAUUAAUUAGCAAAAACCCCGAAAAAACACGACCAUAAGCAUGAACAGUCAGAAAAACCGCGCGUUUUGACUGCUUUUUCUGAGUUUUUGAAAGUUUAAGAUAAAACUAAGAUGUCAUACCUCAGGGAUUAUUUAAUUAAACCCAUGCAAAAUACAUCUGUAUGCGAAGUUUCAAGAAAAUUGAACGUUUUAAGGUCGGGAAAAAAGCAUUUAAAAAUUGACAAAAAUAUUGCCAUAUUCAAAGUGUAAUAUAAAGCGCCACCCUCUGGUGCGUCUAAUCCUGGACUCACCUCCCUGCAAGUAUGUUUGUUAUAGAAUCUCUCUUGCGUUUGAUUUGGCUCACGUUUCAUUAUUCGGACAGCUUACUGAAGAUCUUAUACUCCACUCUCUUGUUAUUUAAUCUGAUACAGUCAUGUAAAAAUUCCACCGAUGCUAGUACCCCGGCAAUAUUAAUUGGCUAAUAUUGUAAUAAUUAUUUUUUCUUUUAGUAUGUCCCGCAAACGCGAAGCGUUUUGGAAAUAUGUGUUACAGCUUAAAUCGCCGGUCCACGACAUGGUUGGAUGCAAAUAACAAAUGUAAACUCUUGGGUGGACAGCUAGCUACAAUUGAUGCACUUCCUGUCAACAAUUUUCUCUUCAACAACUACAGACAGCAACGCCAACGGUCGUCGAACGUUUGGAUUGGCUUUAAAAAGUGCAAUGACAAAUGGUGUCAUCCUGACGGCAAAGCUUCAGUGUUUCAUAAGUGGAACACUAAGGAACCAAAUAAUGUUGGUGGAAAUGAGGAUUGUGUUGAGAUGUGGCACAAUGGUUAUUGGAACGAUGCACCAUGCAAUCAACGAAGACAAUCUAUCUGCGAAAUACCAGGUAUUCAUUCACCAAUUGAAAUAUGUUGAUACUGCUAGUGUAGACCUGUAUAAGUUAGGCGUAUACGUACGGGAGGAAAAAAUAGGAGGAGGGUGACAAAUAUUUGCCCCAUGUUGAUGAAAUUGCCCGACCAAUACAAACUUCCCCAAAAUGUUGUCAGUGUUGUUGUCGGUGUCGGUGUUGUUGUCGUUGUCGCUGUCGUCGUCGGUGUCGCUGUCGUUGUUUUUCAACACGUUUGACUUUUUAAAACGAUCAUAUGGACAUACAAUGAUUGAACAUAAUUUUUCUAUAGUUUUAGUGGAUGAGUGUGCAUUAGGAACUGCUAACUGUCAUUAUCAAGCCAUCUGCACCAAUACCAUGAGAUCAUAUACAUGUGCUUGUAAAGCAGGAUUUACAGGAAACGGCACCGUCUGCAACGGUAAGGAACUCAUUUUCUAUUUUAUGACAAGCAUGAAUUGCAGACGGCAGUGAAUUGCAGCAUGAAUUGCUAGCAUGAAUUGCAGUCUGGUCAACAGGGGUGCAUGGGGGCUGCAAAAAUGACGUUUAUCCUAAUUCUAACCAACUCAUGUUUAAGGAAUUCAGUUGAGUAUCACUAGUUGACAAUAGUGGAAUAGCCAAUAUUAAAUAUUUUGAAUUUUGAAAUGUUUUGAGAAUCUAAAAAUUUUCCAGAAUGCUUUCUCAGAAUGCUGGAAAUGCCAUUUCAGAGACCCAAAUUUUAAAAUUUUUCCGGGAGAGUAUGCUCCCGGACCCCCAUAGAAAUUUCGCGCCUUCAGCGCUCGUUUCGCCAUGGUUAGCGCCAGGGACGCCGGAACGAUAAUAAGGCAAAGGAAGGCGGACGCACACCAAGGGCACCUUUAUAGAGCAAAACGUCAAAAUCUAGAAACUCCAAAAUCUUUCCAGAAACUCCAAAAUCUUUCCAAAAUUUUUAUAAAUAUAAACUAUAAAUUACCUGAAUCUCAUGAUUUUCCUACAAAAAGCAUCGUUGGAAAUGUGAUUUAUCACGUAGUAUUUUACAACUAAAAGGGCACUUCUGCCCCCCCUGCCCCCCUAGCAAAAGGCAAGGGGGGCAGCCGCCCCCCUGUCCCCCCAGUUCCGGCGUCCCUGGUUAGCGCCCCCCCCCAAAAAAAAAACAACUUUGCUGGAUCCACCACUGGCAGACGGUCUGUUUACGAGGCGACUGUAGUAGACUGUUUGCAAUGCAAUAACUGUAUGAUAAUGAUACACUGAGUAAGUUGCGAUCUUUUGGGUUAACACUUAACAGCGAUGUUAGUAAAUUAGCCGAAGGCCAAACUAACUCAUGAAGGCAGGGACUAAAACAUAGUCAUCAAAUUAGUCAUUUUAUUGAUUAAUUUACCCUCUGGAAUGUUACGUCAGGAGUUGCAUAUUUGUAGUUAAAAGCAUUAUGAAUGUUUACGCGCGUUAUAGCCUUCCCGAUGAAUACCGUAAGCUAAGUGCACGGUACUAAUAUGUUGUUCUUAUCCUUGUCUAUAGCUAGAUUCCUUGCCAGAAUUUGUUGCUAUAAUAAUUUGUAAUAUUAAAUAAAUGUAUUUGCAUGUAGUUUUAGGUUACCCAUAAGUAACAAUCUCUGUGUGAUCAGUUACAUGCAACGGACUGCUGUAUGUAAAUGACUAAAAAUGCCCCGAAGAAUACGGCAUUCUAUUGCGAAUUUAAACUGGUCAUUCUUGAAGGCUAUACCAAUUUUACUAGAAAAAAUGCGUUAAAAGCCUAAAAUUGACAAUAGCUUACGGCCAUGUAUACGAGUUUAAGCGAUUUCGCAAGCCAUUGUUUCCUUCCUCCCAUUAAGACCGUUUUCCUCGUAAUUGGCUAACACUGAACACAGCCUUGCGUUGCGUGUCAAACAUUGAAAUUAAUAGCUCAAACGCUACCUUUAGGUAAACUGCCUAUCGUUUCCUUGAAUCCAAAUUUGACCUCCAGGCACGCGUGUCUCGAAUUGAUUGAUAUCUUGAUUGACCAAUAGAACGCUCUUCGCAUGCGUGAAAAAACUGGGAUCGGCCUUCAAGACUGAACUACAGAUUUCCGGUUGGAGGUUGCAUUCCAGUUAUAUUCAUUGCAAUAGUGUCAACUAAGUGUUGCCAUAGCAACACGAUUAUUUUUAAAUUCUUAAACAAUUUUAUAUUCUUUAUAAAAUGGCAAAAAUAGUUGAAAGUUUAGUUAUUUUAGCCAUGCAACAAUGAACUUCCAAAUUAUAUACUGUAGGUGAGCUUUCAUUUAAUGUAAAAUUUAAUCUGAAACAAUGAAACGCUUCGUAAAAUGUUUUGAAAUAUUCAUUCAAGUAAAUUGCAUUUGGUGAUAAGCUAUUUUUCACUUAAUAAAACAAAAUAAGUUCAAAUUGUUGAGUAAUUAUUCCCGAGUUCACUCUCGAAAUUAAUUUCCUGUCCUUUACAUUUUAAUUUUCUUACACUAAACAGGAUAAUUUAGGAAAAUUACAGCUGAAUAGUUGAAGAGGAAACAUUGCCUUAUAUUUCACGAUUUCCCAUGGUAAAUCAAUUCUUCUUAUUUCUUCAAAGCAAAAUUGCUUCAAAGCCCAUUGUAUGAAACUAUUUUCCACUAAAUAUAUGUUUUUGAAAAUUGAAAUCUUGCUUAUCCCACUCAGCUGGCAAACAGCCAUAUGUUUGAGAUCAGUGAGGAUUGACACGUAUGACGUACGAUGAAACAUAGCCACGCGCCUGCGAUUAUUGACUAGAAAAUACAUACAUGCAGAAACCCUCGUCUUACUGAUGAAACAUUAUGUUUUCUGAAUGUGAAGAGUUGAAAGUAGUUGUCAUGGUAACACGAUAAUUUUAAGAAUAGUUUUAAAAUUGAAAAAUCCCCCCAAAAUAUCGCUUUUAAUAACAAAAUGAUUUAUUUCCCAAACAUAUAUAUGCUAGGUAUGUUAUUAUACGUAAUAUAAGCUUCAAUAAUUCAAUUUAAUGUAAAAUCCAACCACAAACGCUUCGCAAAACGCUUUAAAAUCGUCUUAGAGUUAGAACUAAACGGCCUUUUAUCGAAUUUUAAUAUCGGUAAAGAUUGAGUUUGAAACAAACUGAUUUCAAAUUCUCGCAUGAAAAUUAAAUAACUUUGCUUUCCUCUUUAUUUAAAUAUUUUAAAGUGUAUAUGAACUCUUUAAUCUGUAGUGCAACUUAUUUUUCAGUUUCUUGUUUUUAUGAUUUGUUCCCUAGAUAUUUUAAUUUGUUUCAUAUGUAAAUGAGUGUGAAUAUGUCCGCUAAUUUAUGACGUCAUGUUGGUUAAAAAUGGUUGAUAGAUGAUAUCAACAGUUGAUAAUCCAAGAUGAUAAUUUCAAACUUCGCUCACUGGUAAAUGUGUCGCUCACUGGUAAAUGUGAUGAAACACUGGAGAAAAACGUGAACUGAUAUCAACAGUUUUUAGAGUUAAUACAUUUAUAACCAGUGUAAUUUGAGCUUGCAACCAACAUGACGUCAUAAAUUAGCGGACAUAUUCACAUUCAUUUACAUAUCAAACAAAUUGAAAUAUCUCAGGAACAAACCAUAAAAACAAGAAACUGAAAAAUAAGUUACACUACAACUUAAAGAGUUCUUUCAUUUAAGAAAAUAAGAAAUUUCAUGUCAUAUACACCUUAAUAUACAAAAUUGAAAGGGUAAUUAAUAAAACUACACUGAAAUUAUAUAUAUGCUGUCUUUUUUCACUUAUAUACGCAACGACGAGCGCAACGAUAGUAUAUCAGUUCGAUAUUCGUAGUAUCGCCCACCACUAUCAGAUAUAAAUACAUCAAUUAUAAAAAACAAUACAUCAUAGACACACCUUUAUUAAAGUUUGCGACUUUGCUCCAUUCUUUUAGAAGUUUUUAGACUUUUUUGGCUCUCGGAAAGGUUUUGAAUUUUACAAAAUCUUGCAAAAAUACAACUUGAAAGAAAUGUUUGUUAUUUCGCUGUCGUCAAUGCAGUCGUUAUAAUGGUAUAAGUCUCUAGUGUAAACACUGCUUAUAGUCUGUGUGUUGUGACCUGAAAAAGUGCCUAGAAAACGAUUUUCAUUAAGCAUGUCUUAGAUCUGAAAUAUUUUUAAGGGAACUAACACUUUCGAACACGUUGAGUUCAAAUCCGAAAAGUUCUCACUCCGUAGACCCGCAGUUUUCUCACAAACUGUUAUUUUAUCUUCACUAAUUUCACAGCAAAAUUUUUCAUUGUUCAACGACACGGAUCGAUGACGAUACACGAUUUUUCACUCAAAAGAACCAAUUUCUAUUAACCAGUCUUCCUUUUAACAAAAGACCUUUUUUGCUCGAAUCAUUUUGAGUUAUGCAAUCUUAUGCGUGUUGGACGUAAACAACAUAUCUUGUCUACAACUUUGAGAAGGUAUAGAUCAUUCCUUCUAAUAUCGUUAUAGUUCAGGAUCUCUCUCUAUAAAAUCAGAAGGACGUUAAUGUUGAGUCUUUGGGCUAUGUUUCUGGGUUGAGAAACAAUUCCUUAUAUGCCGUUUGAUGAUCAUGCGAUCAAAAUGUUUUAUACAAAGAUGUAAAGCGGUAAUCUAUAUGUAAUGGAUCUGCAUUUAAAUUUCCAACAAAGUUUCCGAGACGUAAUUCAAGAGAUAACGUUAACUUAUCAUUGCAUUUGAACUAUUACAUCAGUUGGUGUUAUACUGUGCGAUAAGUGAAUAUUAUUGGAAACGUUGAAAUCACCAAAUAAACAGCUCAUAUUUGAAGAAUAUUUUAUACACUGUACUUUGGGACUGCUCUUUGUCUUUGAUGUGAACAUUUGUUCUUCUAGUUUAAGGUUAUUUAAGAUUGAUCCUGUCGUAAGUGUUCUGCCAGCAACCAAUCGACAAUAUUUCAUUUUAGCGUAAUCUUUGCCGUAACGUUGGCUUCGCGUUACUUUUGUUUUAAAUACCUUGAUCGCGUUAAAAGAGUUUAUUUUCAGGCCAGUGACAUACCCAAAAGACUUCGCAUUAAUGUCGUUGUGAUUUUAUACAAUCUUGUCCCCCGAGCCCGCGAUCCUCGGGAAGGAACGCGAGGCUCUGGGAUAAUUUGUUGCCGGAAGCCAGGAAUCCUGGCUAAGAUUGAACUACGCAUUCCAUUUCAACGGCUAAUCAGAUUCCUCCCUGAAACAGAUUAUCGCAGAGCCUCGCGUUCCUUCCAGAGGAUCGCAGGCUCGGGGAACGAGAUUGGAUUUUAUAGAGAUAUCUAUAGAAAUGAGGAUUUUAGAAUGAAGCGUUAUCUGUACCUUCUCAAAGUUGUAGCCGAGAUAUGUUGCUUACGUCCAACACGCAUAAGAUUACAUAACUCAAAAUGAUUCAAGCAAAACCGGUCUUUUGUUAAAAGGAAAACUGGUUAAUUAAUAGAAAUUGGUCCUUUUGAGUGACAUAAUCGUGUAUCGUCAAUGCAAGAUAAAAUAGCAUUUUGUGAGAAAACUGCGAGUCUAUGGAGCGGGAACUUUUCGGGUUUGAACUCAGCGUGCUUGAAAGUAUUAGUUCCCGUAAAAAUAUUUUAGAUCUAAGACAUGCUUAAUGAAAGUGAACGAUAUCGGGUCACAACACACGGACUAUAAUAAGUCUCCAUCCAACUCAUAAAACUAAGUCUGUUGUUUUAGAUAUUGACGAGUGCUCAAGUGGUGUCAAUAGCUGUAACGCUCUUGCAAAUUGCGAAAACACCUUUGGAUCAUACAGCUGUACAUGUCAUGUUGGUUACCAUGGAGAUGGAAAGAAGUGCACCAAAGGUACAUAUUUAUAGGUAAUCAUGCGAUGGCGAGUACAAUUAGGGAUUAGCAAACAUCACUUGUACUAAGUUCUUUGAAUGUUUGCAUGGCGAUAAAAUAUAAUUGUUUUUGUUUGUGGAAACACCACGUAAAUUUAUUACUGCAAAGAUCCGGGCUUACGGAUCGAAAACUUUGCAGUAAUAAAUUUACGUGGUGUUUCCACAAACAAAAACAAUUAUCACUCGGACUAUUAAUCCCUAAUUGUUAUUAGCAUAUGACAAAAUUGUAUACUUCUCCGUCAACAUCAUAUUCUCUCGCCAAAGCCCAGUCCUGCCAGACUUUCAACCAAAGUUUGGUACUUUUGUUCGUAUUUUCAUUUACUUCUUUUGUCAAAGCAAAAUUUGGUGUGCUUUUGUUUGUAUUUUCACCUAGUUUCUCAAGGGCAAUUUCAUUUCACAUUUGUGUUAAAAAACCUUUCCGCCAUUUUGUUUGUUUUGGGAAAAUCAUUAAUUGUACUGCAGUACAUUAAUGAAAUAAUUGUACUCCUCUCAACCAAUCAGUAUCCAGUAAUUUUGUCAUUCUAAUAAUAAAUAUAAUAAAACUUGAUCUUUUCGGUAAAAUUGUUUCCUCAGAAUGACUGUCAAUCAAAGAGCUCCGGAUUCGAACAUGUGCAGUGAGUUAAUAUAUUGUGCAUUUUGUGUAAUAACGAAGUUUUGAAACGCUUGUUGGUAUAAUCGUAGCCUAUCGAAGGGUAUGGAGGCCGUUAUUAUGUGCAACAUUGUGCGACAUUAGGCGACAAUGACAAUUUUCAAAGAAAAGUAGUAUGCGUCGCUGGGCGAAACUGGGCGACAUUAGGCGAAAUUAGGCGACAUUAAGCGAAUAGACUGUUAGGCAAAGUUCACAAAUUGGGUGCACAUGGACAACAUUAGGCGAAAUUAGGCGACAUUAGAUGACAUUAUUAGGCGACCUUGGCCCCCAAAGUAGGCAUAUAACAAUAUAACUCACUAUCUAUGUUAGUCAACGUUUAUUUAUAAAUCUGGUCCUUCUGCAGCGUCACUUGUGAAUUGUAUUUUGCCAAAUCCGCCAAUAGUAAUCGCCAUUUAUGAAUAAACGUUAACUAACAGAGACAAUGAGUUAUAUUGUUAUUCUAAUGAGUUUCACAACCAUCUUCCCAUCGAUAGCCUAUGGUAUAAUACACUCAAAAUAUUGCUCAAAUGACUUCUUUAGUGACAAAAUACACAGUUGUUAAGGACCAUGCACAAAUAUACGAAAUAUAGAUAUUUGUGGAUUGUUUAUAUGAAUAUAUUCGACAUUUUAAUACAUUGCAUAACUAAUAUAAAGUCCCAAAACUAUGGUCCAAAACGGUCGUUUUAUAUGAAUGUUACGAAUCUAAAACAUGUUCGUAGGCGAGCACUAACGCGCAUGCGCAAGCAAAUACUACGCUUAAAAGUCGUAUACGAUUAACUAUAGUGUCCUUUAACAAACUAUGCAUAAUUCUCGACAUCCUCCGGGGGGAGGGAAAGUUUCUGUGUCCAACGUGCAAUUCGUUCGCGUCCUCUUACAGCAGCCUCUCUCCUCGGGCGAUGUGGGGGUUCCGAGGCUGGUGGUGGUUUCUCUGAUGAUAGGAUGGGUUUUGCUUCCUGUUUGGUUGAAACUUUGGGAGGGUAGAGACGAGCAAUAGGUCGGUUGGUUCUACCAGUGCUAGUACGAAUAUCGGCAGAUCGAAUCAGUCCAUCGUUUCCACUAACGAGGUUCUCAAUUACGGCAAGUCUCCAGUUGGCUCUGAGACCGUUAUCGUGAACUAAUACAACGUCACCUUGCUUGACUUUCUGUUCGUUUGUCCCUGUUGUUUUGUGGAAUUCACGAAGUGAGGUGAAAUACUCGUGCUUCCAUCGCAUCCAAAAGGAUUGUAUUAUUAUCGAUUGUUUCCUGGCUCUCUCUCGAACUUCGGAAUCGUCGUCGAAAUUGGGAUCGUGUAGUUCCUCUUCUUCAACGAUUAGGCGAGGUAAUCUUCUGACGCGUCGUCCGUAGAGAAGGUGGGAAGGUGUCAAGGGUUCUGGAUCGUCGGCUUCGGAUGUGACAUAGGUUAUAGGGCGGUUAUUGAGGACAGCUUCGAUCUCGACUAUGAUCGUUUGUAGACCCUCUAGGUUUAUAUAUGCGCGUCCAAGAAUCUUCUUCAAGGUGGUUUUGGUUGGAACAAUCAAGUGCUCCCAGAAUCCUCCAAACCAAGGCGCCCUUUUCGGAAUGAAUUGCCAUUCUACUUCUCGUUUGCCGAGAGAGUCGUGCAGUGCUUGUGAAUUGAAGAGAGCUCUAAGUUCGUCUGCAGCCGAUAAGUAAGUUGAUGCGUUAUCCGAGAUCAUCCUUUGUGGCAACGAUUUGCGACUUGCAAAUCUCCUAAAUGCGUUCAGAAAACACUCAGUGGAUAGAUCUGUCACAAUCUCUAAAUGUACAGCUCUGGUUACAGCACAUGUGAAGAGGCAGAUGUACACCUUCGUUUCGCCAUUGUUAUCACGUACGUAAAGGGCUCCGGUGAAGUCAACGCCGGUUGUCGUAAAGGGUUCUGUCUCGGUUGUUCUCGACUUGAGAAGUGGAGGUGGAUCGGGGCGUGUAUAGCAGUACCAGUGAUCAUACGACAAUUUACGCACCGUCUCAACAAUUUUCUCACGUACUAGCGGAUGGAUGGGAUCCAAUUGGUCUGACGUAAUGUGGUCAUUGUGGAGUUCACACCACUGUGGAGUAUGUUUUCAUGGGCGUUGUAUACGACAAGAUCUGUGAAAGGAUGGUUCUUAGGUAGGAGGUAUGGAAACUUCGCUGACGUGCUUAAUGGCGCGUUGUGAAUCCUCCCGCCACAACGAAGCAAAUUGUCGGUGUCGAGGAAAAGACGCAGUUGUCGUAUGAGUGGUAAUAUUCGGGAUGAUUUGGAAGACAGGUUCUCGAUUUCUUCGGAGAAUGUAGUACUUUGACAGGAAUGUGUCCAUAUCCACUCGGCGAGGUUCAAUUCUUUCGCGGUGAGGGGUCCAUAAGUGUCACUUUUUUUUCGUAGGAGAGCAAUGAAUCGCAGGACGUAGGUUGUAACUCGUAGUAGGUGAUUUAGUUUGCUGUACUUUUCGAUGUCAACGAUGCGGUGUAUUCCGGGUUGGCGAUGUUCCGUGGAAAUGCUGUCUCUUUCGGGUGCGUUGUGGUUGAUUUCUUCUGAUGAAAUUGCUAGUGUCAGAGUGGGGGAUAAGUCGGUUGAGGACCACGUCGGCCACUUGGACUCGCACGUUAACCAAGGUGGGCCCUGUUUCCAAAGGACUGAAGAACAAAGUUGGGUUACACUUAAGCCUCUCGUAAGUAGAUCCGCCGGAUUAUUGUUGGUUGGACAAUAUCCCCAUGUUGCCUUGGGAACUAGAUCUGUGAUUGUUUGAACACUGUUCGUGAUAAACUGGCUUAGACGUUUGUUGCUGGACAACCAAUGUAAGACUAUUUGACUGUCCGUCCAAAGCCUCACAGUGAGUUCACUGUACAUGGUAGUUGUAGCAAGUGCGUUCUUGACAUAGCUGGCCAACUGUGCGGCGGUGACAGCACCCAUAAGCUCGAGUCUAGGUAGGGUUAGUUUCUUCAGGGGUGCAACACGUACGUGUUCUAGCCACAAGAAUUGCGAUUUGCGGACCGUGACGGAGAUAAGCAACGGCGCCAUAGGCCUUUAUACUUGCAUCCGAGAAGACAUAGAGCUCAGAUUUGGUAUUGUUAGGAUUGAUUGUGAUGGGGCAUCUCGGAACGUUCAUGGUCUCUGAAACAAUGUCGAUAUCUUCGGCUAUGUUUAACCACUUCUCGCUCAGUUCUUGUGAAAGUGGUUCGUCCCAUUCGAUAUUUUGUAGCCACAAUUCUUGCAUGAGUAACUUAGCUCUAAUAGUAACUGGGGAUAACAGGCCCUGUGGGUCAUAGAUCUUCGAGGAAUUGCUGAGGACUUCUCUUUUGGUCGGUAAGUUGAGGGAUGGGGAGAUGUGUUUAGGGGUGAGGGACAAAGUGUCUGUCAACGUAUUCCACUGGAGGCCGAGAACAUUAACAGUAGUUUUAGUAUCAGCAGUUCCUUUUUGUAGACAGAGGCUCUUAAGUUGUGGACUGUUGGAUGCCCAAGCUCGAAGGUUGAAGUUACCAGAGGACAUAAUGGAUCGCGCCGACGUGUAAUAGUGGGUGACAUAAUUUUCUGUGGGCUGUCCGGAAAUGAGAUUAUCAACACAUAGGUUUUCUUUCAUAUCGGUAGCAAUCUUUGAACUGUAUUGGUCGAGGUGGGAUUCGAGUGCUGAGCUGAGCAUUAAUGGUGAGCAUGUAGCACCAAACAACACAACUUUGAAUCGGUAGGCUUGAAACACGCUUUCGGGAUCAUCAGGUUGGGAAAGCCACAGGAAUCGGGUACAGUCUCUGUCAUCUUCGUGGAGUUGAACAUGUAGAAAUGCCUUCUCUAUAUCGGUGGAAAAUGCAAAUGGGUGGGUUUCAAAGCGCAGAAGAGUUGAACACAUAUCAUUUAGCGAUGGUGGACCUGGCAGAAGACAAUCAUUCAAACUUGGGUGGUCUGUUGACUGGCGGCAGCUACAGUCACAUACAAUUUGAAUAGAUGUGGUGGUAGAGUACUUUUUUACAGGGUGGUGGGUGAUGUAGUGGAUCUUAUCUGACAUGUUGGUCGUACACACUUUUUCAAUGAAUGCUUUCUCUUCUUGUUCUGCAAUGAUGUCGCUAUAGGUCUUCAAGAGUUUGGGGUCCUGUCCAAGGCGACGAGCUAGAAGUCGUGUUCUCUUCGCACAUACAGCGUAGUUGGAUGGUAGUGGGCGAUGCUCAGUCCUCCAUGGAAAUCUUGCACAAUAAGUGCCAAGGAGAGCGAGUGAUGUUAGUUUCCUUGAAGUUCCCAAUCGCAGUCUGAUUGUUGGUUUCUGUGGGGGUCAUUAACAAAUCUAAGGGUGGUGGAUCCCAAAACCGAUUAGGGUCCAUGCUCUCUACUUGAUGAUGAGGCAUGGUAAUGACAUUUAACAUGGUAGUGUUUGAUGGGGCUUCUCCCAGGGGUAAGGGUCCCGAUAGCAGAUAUCCAAGUUUAGACUCCAUAGCUGUUGGACCAGCUCCUCUGAUAAUAUGGUCUUGGACUAUUUCCCAGUAGUGAUCUGCUCCAAUCAAGAGCGAGACUUCAAAUUUCUCGUCUGAGGUGAUUGGUUGGGCGAGUGGGGUCCCCUUUAGGUAUGGGAGAGUCCGGACGUUGGUGCGAAUACGAUUUUGCAAAGGUGUGGCAAUCUUUGGAACGACCAAAACACUAACUGGUAUUUUCUCAUCUGUGAUGCUUUCGAUGUUGAUGGUAACGGUUUCUAAUGUGUGACUGGUUGGUUGUUCUCCCCCAAAUGUUGAAAUCUGGAUAUUUUUAGUUUGUUGGGGACAUGCGUGAAGCUUGUCGGCUAAUUCAUGGGUAAUAAAAGAGCACUGGGCUCCCUCGUCAAACAAGAUGUUUGCAACAGCUCUUUGGUUAGCUAAGGAGACAGUACUACUAGCGGUUUUCAGUAAACAAAUAGUAGUUUCGUUUCCUUGAGUGUUUACGAUUGAUGUUGGGGCCGCAGGGAUUAGUGUGGUGUGGACAGGUUUUUCCCCUUGUUCCUCGUUUGCCCGUUCUGGGGGAUCUUUGAUGGGUGGUUUCUGAGGUUUGCACAAGCUGGUGUGAUGUUUGUGUGUACAUGUUCUGCAACGAUAUUUGGAUCGAUUAAUAAUCGUCAAUCGUUUUUCUGGAUCAGUCACUACUUCGCACCGAAGUGAGGAAUGUGUACCCUUACAGUAUUCACAGUGUGGGAUCUUGUAACCUUGAUUUCUUUUCUGAGUAUUGUUGCCCCCCCCCCCCGAACCAGUAUGAAAUGCAGCUGUAGCAGUGUGGGCAGGAUUAAGCUCUGAUUUAGUUUUGUCUAUGUGCAGACCAGCUUCAAGGAUCUUGAUUUCUUUAAGGAGGGCAUCUCGCAGUUGGUCAAUUGACCAUUCUAAGGUGUGAUGUAUUCGGGCUAGGUUUCGCCUAACUUCAGCUGGUAAUUUCCCCAAAAUUAUUGGUAUAAGAAGGGCCCCAUAGGAAUCUUUUGACUGGCCAAGUGAGGCAAGGCCUCGGAUGUGGUUCUCUAUUGUGUCGUAGAAAAGCUGAAGACUUAUGAGCCCUGUCGGGUUUGGGUAGGUCAAGCAAACGUUGCAUGUGUGCAUUGACAACCUUUUGUUGUUGACCAAAACGCUCAGUUAGGAGAUCAAUUGAAUGUUUGUAGUUGGCACUUGUGAUAGGGAAACCUGCUAUAACUCUAGCUGCAUCACCUGUAGUUGAGCCUUUAGAUAGUUGAAUUUUUGAACAUCAUGCAGUGUGUGGUUUAAAUGGAUGGUUGUCUUAAACGAGUCCCAGAAGUUUUGCCAGGCAAUGGGGUCCCCAGAAAAUGUGGGUAGGGAUAACUUUGGCAAUCGACUAACUGAUGGAUAAGAACCACUGGCACUGGCACCAUUGUUAUUGUUAUUAAUCAGUGUUUGAUUUUGAAUAGUGUUGUUGGAAGCUGGGGUUUCCUCUGUUUGGAAAUUGGGUCCAACUGGGCUUUGACUCAUUUCUGGUUGAUGGAUAUUUUCCUGUUGAAUAGACUGUUCUGAUUGGGGUGAGGUUUCUGGGGAUGACUCAUUAGUGUUAUUGGAUGAUUGUUCAGUAACUUUAAGCUUUACAUGAUUCGUUACGUUUUAUCUCAAUAAAUGUGGUAAGUUCACUGUACCUUUCGUUGAUUGUGCUGUGCAUUUCUUCCGUUUCAAAAAUCUCACUUUCAAGGUUUUCGGGUUUGGUGAUAGCUUUCGCAAUUUGUUCAUCGAGUGAUGAUAAGAUGUCUUUCUUUCUUUUGAGUUGCUGACAGUAGUUUUCGAGCGUGGCAAUGUGAAGUUCAUCGAUAGUCGUGGCGGAUUUCAAUUCUAUAAUCUUCUUGUAAAGUGUUGUGAGGUGUGCUCGAUAAGCUUUUCGGGACGCUCGAAGACUUUGUAAUUCUUCGAUAAUACAACUGGUCACGGCACCAAAAUGUGGAUUGUUUAUAUGAAUAUAUUUGACAUCUUAAUACAUGACAUAACUAACAUAAAGUCCCAAAACAAUGGUCCAAAACGGUCGUUUUAUAUGAAUGUUACGAAUCUAAAACGUGUUCGUAGGCGAGCACUAACGCGCAUGCGCAAGCAAAUACUACGCUUAAAAGUCGUAUAAGAUUAACUAUAGUGUCCUUUAACAAACUAUGCAUAAUUCUCGACAAUAUUCACAAAUUCUCAGUUAUUCCUCUUUUUUGACAGGAUAUAUAGAAAGGGAAAACUAAAAACAUUUACAACGAGUGGUACAUGUCCAUUCUGUACUUUAGAUUUGGCUGAAAUGUUAUUUUUCGUGAUUCGAACUGCACAAAAGCACUUAUUACGUGCAUAUAGCAUAACGAAAUGAGUAUAACAGCAUCUUACUGAUAAUCUAAUCAAUUUAAUAUUCAAUUUAAUUAACUUCUCUAGUUUCGGUUGAACAUGAUAAAAUUCUCAAAGAACUUGAGGAGCAUGAUAAACUAACUGACAAAAAGUUAACCAACAUUGAAAACUUGUUGCAGAAGUUGUUGGGAUAGUCGAACGCUUCCAAACCCAGGUAAAAAAAUAUAUAGAAUUUUACUAUCAUAUCCAAUCCAUUAAAGCUAUAUAUGUGGCCCACAGUGUACCAAGGUAGUUUGCAUACUAAAAUAAUGGCGCCUUUGCUUGAAUAAAAUUAUAUAUGAUAAUUUUGCAUAAUUGUAUAGAACUAAUACAUAUUUUAAUUGUUGAAUUUACAGAACGUUUCACCAUGCAGUGCCUUGAUGAUGAUUAUGGAAAUUAAACUGCCGCUUUUAGUAAUAAUGAGCUAUAUAGAGUCUUGUUAGCUGUGAAUGAUUAAAUAAAACUAUAACUAUACUAUAUUACAGUUAUACUCAAUUUUUAAAUGUACCGUAUUCCACGAAUGAAAUAAAUCAAACAAAUGCAAU